GGUGUGUGUGUGUGUGUGUGUGUGUGUGUGUGUGUGUGCGCGCGCGCGCGCGCGGGGUGUGUGUGUGUGUGUGUGUGUGUGUGUGGUGUGUGUUUUGUCCGGAAUAGGCGGAGCUUCCGGUUCCGGCGGGGGCCGUCCCUGGCGGCGGAGAUGGCGGCGACAGCGGCAGAGGCCGCGGCGUCUGGCUCUGGAGAGCCCCGGGAGGAGGCCGGAGCCCUCGGCCCCGACUGGGAUGAAUCCCAGUUGCGCAGUUAUAGCUUCCCGACUAGGCCCAUACCACGUCUGAGUCAGAGCGACCCCCGGGCGGAGGAGCUCAUUGAGAAUGAGGAGCCUGUGGUGCUGACCGACACCAAUCUUGUGUAUCCUGCCUUGAAAUGGGAUCUUGAAUACCUGCAAGAGAAUAUUGGCAAUGGAGACUUCUCUGUGUACAGUGCCAGCACCCACAAGUUCUUGUACUAUGAUGAGAAGAAGAUGGCUAAUUUCCAGAACUUUAAGCCGAGGUCCAACAGGGAAGAAAUGAAAUUUCAUGAGUUUGUUGAGAAACUGCAGGAUAUACAGCAGCGAGGAGGGGAAGAGAGGUUGUAUCUGCAGCAAACACUCAAUGACACUGUGGGCAGGAAGAUUGUCAUGGACUUCUUGGGUUUUAACUGGAACUGGAUUAAUAAGCAACAGGGAAAGCGUGGCUGGGGGCAGCUGACCUCUAACCUGCUGCUCAUCGGCAUGGAAGGAAAUGUGACGCCUGCUCACUAUGAUGAGCAGCAGAACUUUUUUGCUCAGAUAAAAGGCCACAAGCGAUGCAUCUUAUUCCCUCCGGAUCAGUUUGAGUGCCUCUACCCAUACCCUGUUCAUCACCCAUGUGACAGACAGAGCCAGGUGGACUUUGACAAUCCUGACUACGAGAGGUUCCCUAAUUUCCAAAAUGUCGUUGGUUACGAAACAGUGGUUGGCCCUGGUGAUGUUCUUUACAUCCCAAUGUACUGGUGGCAUCAUAUAGAGUCAUUACUAAAUGGGGGGAUUACCAUCACUGUGAACUUCUGGUAUAAGGGGGCUCCUACCCCUAAGAGAAUUGAAUAUCCUCUCAAAGCUCAUCAGAAAGUGGCCAUAAUGAGAAACAUUGAGAAGAUGCUUGGAGAGGCCUUGGGAAACCCACAAGAGGUGGGGCCCUUGUUGAACACAAUGAUCAAGGGCCGAUACAACUAGCCUGCCAGGAGUCAAGGCCUCCUGCCAGGUGACUGCUAUCCCGUCCACACCGCUUCAUUGAUGAGGACAGGAGACUCCAAGCGCUAGUAUUGCACGCUGCACUUAAUGGACUGGACUCUUGCCAUGGCCCAGGAGGCAGGUGUUUGGGGCAAGGCAGGGCAGUUGGCACUCCACUCCUAUUUGGAGGGACUUCAUACCCUUGCCUCUUGUGCCCCAGCACCUUCUCUCUCUGCCCCCCGCCUGAAGUCCUGCAUUCAGUGUGUGGAGUCCCAGCUUUUGGUUGUCAUCAUGUCUGUGUGUAUGUUAGUCUGUCAACCUCGGAAUGUGUGUGCGUGUGUGUGCAUGCACACGCAUGCAUGUAUCUGUUCCCUGUUCCUCCCUUCUGGGUCAGGAUGUCACUUCUGGCUCUCAGCCCUAUCUCCUGCAACCUCAGUGCCUCAGCCUGAGAGAGAGAGGAGAUUCUCUUGGACCCCCACUGCAUCUGGGCUGCAGGGCCAGAGCUAGUCUGACCAUUAGGGGCAGUCUGCCUCCUGACAGUUUUUGCAUAGUCAAGCUCUAGUCAGUAUGGGAAUGGCUACUGGGCCUCUAAUGGGGUGAAUGAGAGGGGAGGCUUGCCUUUGAGAGCCUAGAUAGCCUUCCUGUGUGAGAGAGGAUUAGAUAGGGUUCCAACUGGGACCUACAAGCUCAAGCCAUACAUAAAAGGACCUUGGGACAUAAGAACCAAUGAUUGUGCAUAAGUUACAAAUUACAGACACAUACAAUUUCUCUUUCAGCACCAGCUCUUGCCCCUGUGGUGGGUACCAAGGGAGUUCUCCUAGCUGUGGCUUCUCUAGAUUCUAGGGGGUGCAGGCCUGUGUGUGUGUGGGCAUGCGCGUGUGUGUCUCUGUCUAGCUUCUAGGGGGUGCAGGCCUGUGUGUGUGUGGGCGUGCGCGUGUGUGUCUCUGUCUAGCUUCUAGGGGGUGCAGGCCUGUGUGUGUGUGUGUGUGUGUGUGUGCGCGCGUGUGUGUGUCUGUCUAGGUUCUAGGGGGUGCAGGCCUGUGUGUGUGUGUGUGUGUGUGUGUGUGUGUUCAUAUGUGUAUGUAUCCACACUGGCCUGCCUAGAGGUACAAGCCUGUGUGUGUGUUUGUGUGCACAUGUGCACAUAUGUGUGUGUAUCCACACUGGCCAGCCUCCCUACUUACCAAGGUUCUCCACUGUUUACCUUUUCCAGUGGGAUAGUACAGUGUGAGCCCCCAGGAAGUACUGCCUGACGUAUUCUAAGCUUUUACACUUGGAUUUUAGCCAUCAUAUGUUGGCCAGGUCUCACUGCAGCCUGUUCGAGACUGACUGGCUAGAGCCUCCAGGCCCUACGAUGCUCCCUGCCCAGGCCAUAUCCUUUACUCCUGCUGAGCUUCCUGGCUGAAUAGUGAAAUGGGUCAAGCCCAGGCAGCUCACUCACUACCUGUGAUCCACCUCAGGGCACGGGCAAACACAUACCUUGCCUCCUAAAGCCAGCGCCUCUGCCAGACCCCAUUUAAUGUGCCACAACACCCUCAAUAGUCAGGGCAACUGGUAGAGCAUGGAAGUCGAAUUUCCUUUUCUGUCAGGAGCUUCUCAUGGGCACCCUCUCAGGGCCGCAGCUUACAGGUGGGCAGCUGUGAUUGCACAACUUGAAGGGCCACCAUUUACAUCUGUUCAGUAGGAGUGGGGCCCCUGGGAUUGGGCAUUGUAGUGGCCCUGUGUCUCCUCACCUCUCUUCCUAUCUUCAUCCGCUUCUCUCUGGAAGGGAAGAAGAGCUGGAAGGUCUCCGGUUUUAUUUUCUUUUGCCAAAGGUUUACUUCCAGCAUCUGAGCUCUGGCUCUCACCCCGAAGCUCAAUUUAUAGUGCACUGAUGGACUGAGAGGAUGUGUUUGUAUGUGUUUGCAUGCCUGAGUUUGUUUUUUGAGGAGGGGUGUUUAUUUUUAGUACCUCAUUCUGGGGUUCUCUGAUGCAGUGUGGUUGUGAAGACAUGGUACCUUCUCAAGUGUAGCUCUUUCAAAUAUAGUCAAUGCUGGGAAAUGUGA